GAUGAGGUGGGCGGUUCCGACGAUGAUGAGGGAUCAGGUGGCUCCAGCAGCGACGGCGAGGAAGCUCAGCAUGACAACGUGAGCUUGCAUGCAUCCACCGUCAGGCUCCGAGGUGUCGCCGCCAAGGUCGCCAGGUCGACGAAGGCCAGGUCGUCGGUGGUUUCCCAUCUUGGCCGCAGCAGGAGCGUCCCUGGCGGCGGCCGCGCGGGCUCGGCGUCACCAUCGUGCUCCGAGAAGGCCCGCCUCGAUGAGCUCAUUGGGGAGACGCCCGUCAGCACCAUGCUCGAUGGUGGCAAGGUUGGCGACCGCACGUACGCCCUCCGCCGCUUCAGGCCCCAGAUGCGCGGCAUCGAGAUCAAUCGCACCAAGCACCUUGCCAAGGUCGACGCCGCCGUGAGCCUCCACGCCAACUUGAACACGAUGGGGGUCAAGGAGAGGAACGACAUGCUCGACCUCUUCGGCGCUGAUGAUGUCAUCGACGCAACGUCGUUCCAGCGCAGGCUCAUCGGGAAGCUCGUGUCAGUCAAGCGUCCGCGGGUGUUCCAGUUGCGGCUGAGCCACAAGGAGAAAUGCGAUGUGUGCCUCGAUAUGUUUCUCACUUCCUUCGUUGCAGAGGUGGUCGCCGCAGGUUCAGCAUCUGUCGAGCUCGUGAGGGACGCCGCGAAGCACUUGAAGAUUGAGAGCGGCGCCAUCACUAGUGGCGAGUGCGCCAUACAGGAGUUCAUCGAUCUCGCUCGUACGUUGCAGUGUGCCGCCGACGCGCUGUUGGUGAUCUCUGACCCGAGCCCCAACGCAACGGACAACAUUGCCGACCGUGCUACCAGCAGGGCUUUGUUGAACGGGACGCGCAGCAAGGAGUGGGAGCUCUUCGCCGACAGCUUGCAUUCCAACCCGAAGUGGGCAGCCAUGACCAAAGAGUACCUCGAGUACGCCCUCUCUAACCUCCAGAUCGGCCCAGAGAUUGCGGCGGCGGUGGGCGUUGUGAAGUCCAGGAACAUCCCAGAUAUAGUGAAGGUGUCCCGCCGCAUGAGGGGGUGGGUUGACGGCAGUCGCACUGGUGGCGCGUCCAGCUUGGAGGAGGCCUUCGCCGAGUGGGUCGAUGCCGUCGCCUCCUACGACUACGAUUCCGACGCUGCCCUGACCCAGGAGUCCGCCAGGCAGGUCUGCGAGGCCAUCUCGAACGUGGCGGCGGCCGCCAAGUCGACGAAGGCGAGUGGCGUCCUGGUCGUGUCCAAGCUGGCGGCCGCCGCGGAGGGGAUGGAGGCGGUGGCGGCCUCGAUCACCAGCAAGAAGAAGCGCGAGAAGGAUGAUGACGGGUUGACGCUCGAGGGGAUGUCAGAGUUGAAGGCGGCGGUGCUUGACUUAAACGGCGAGGUCUUUGCUGGCGCUGGCGUGGCGACGGAUUUCGAGGUGGCUGCGAUCCACUUGUGCAAGUUGGUGUUCUGCAGCCCCGACGCCACCUUCGACCCGAGCGACGCGAGCACGAUGAAGGACCAGGCCGACGCCGUGAUGAGUUGCAUCUUGCUCGUGCACGAGGACUCCCGCGCCGACGCGCUGAAUGGCUUGAACGUUCGCCUCGGCCAUAUCAUGACGAUCUGCGCUGCCAUCCAGAUGAAGAAGGGCUUGGUGGCCCUCGGCGACGUGGACGCGCAGGUGAUGUCUGGCGACGAGGGUGUCGCGUCCUGGGGCGCGCUGAAGGCUGCACUGGGCCAGGUGGACACGUCGCCGCCGAAUGGCCCUGGUGGAGUCACCAUCGACGGCGUGCUGACGAUCGACGGCAUCAACGAGAAGUGGGGAGCUUCGGUGGCGGAGCGCCGUGGCCUAGCCAUGAAGUACGCGGAGGCCGUGACCGACGGCACGAUGCGCGCCAUCAAGAGGAUCCAGGAGAGGAUUGCUGCGGUGGCGGGUGGAAUGCCAGACGGUUCUUCCUGGAAAGAAGGCCUGAACGAGGACCACUCGUACGACGACGUGGUGGCCCACGCCAAGCAGACGUUGUUCAAGAACAAACUCGGCAAGACGAUCAAUGUGGCCUUG